AAGGAAAGAAGGAAGGAACUGAACUAAACUGAACUCUUAAAGCUUUACAUAACCUUAGCAUAAAAAAUGUUGCAUUGAAUGGGAAACAAUUAAUAUUGAUAGUCUGAUAACUGGCUAUGUAUAAGAUAAUAAAUUAUGAUGUUUUGUAAUAUAUCUACAAAGAAGAAACCGAACUAUUUUAUCAAACUAUCUUUUGGAAGACUGAAAAGAAUCGAAAAGAUGAAUGUUGUGUCGAAAAAGUUAUAUGACACAUGUCAAUAUUUGAUUUUUACUAAACAUGCGGUCUUUGCAUCUUUAUUUGAAUGUAUCAUAAUAAGAUCUUCAAAAUCAACAUUAGCGCGACUUUAUUCAACGAAACGAGAUAUUAAGCAUAAAAACUAUUAUGAUAUCUUAAAGAUUACAUCACAUGCUACCCAGAAUGAAAUAAAAACAGCAUAUUAUAAGUUGUCUUUGCAAUAUCAUCCUGAUAAAAAUAAAAGUGAUUAUGCAAAGCAGAAAUUCCAGGAUAUCUCAGAUGCCUAUGAAAUACUUGGUAAUCAUGAACAACGUAAAAAUUAUGACCGACAUAUAUCAAUCCAUCAACAACCAGUAGCUAAUGUUAAAGAACCUCAACAUAGAGAACAAGUCUAUACAAGACCUACUAAAAUUUAUGAUUUUGAUGCGUGGACUCAGGCACAUUAUAGCAGACAGUUCAAGAUAGACCGUAUGAGGAGGGACAAUAUUCAACGUCAUAAGAAAACACAGGCACUUAUCCAUACCAGAACAGAAUAUUCUUACUUUAUAGAAUAUAUCUUAUAUUUUUCAUUUCUAAUGUUAAUGAUGAUAUCUUAUAACAAAGAUAAAGAUGUACCAGUACAUAAAGAGAAAAAACAUAUAGAAAAAGUAAAUGCAAAUUAA